UGUCAGUCAGUCAUCCUCACAGUCUCCUGUCUCUUCCUUUCUACUGUGCUAUCCUAGAACCAAGGAUCCCAGCACAAUGCCUCUGUUGAAACUUCCAGCAGAAGAAAAACAACUACUUAGAUCACUGGUUCUUUAGGAAGAAAAAUGCCAAGGACCAACUACCCUAUCUACAUCUUUAAAACCAUCAGAAAAACUCCACCAACCCAGUGAGAACGACUGUGCUGCAUGGUGACUAUGAAAUCAAACUUAGCCCCGUCAGAAACAGACCUUGAUGACGCCACGCGUAGCUUUGCUGAAAAAGUGUUUGCCUCUGAAGUCAAAGAUGAGGGAGGCCGUCAUGAGAUCUCCCCCUUUGAUGUGGAUGAGAUCUGUCCAAUUUCUCAUCAUGAGAUGCAAGCACACAUAUUCCAGCUGGAGGCUCUGUCCACCCCCACAGAAAGCAGGAGAAAAAAGCGUUUCUUUGGACGGAAGACCAUUAGCUUGUCUGUUCCACAAAGUGAAGCCUCUUCCACCAAGCUGUCCCACAUUGACGAGUACAUCUCUACAUCUCCCACUUAUCAGACAGUGCCUGAUUUUCAGAGGGUGCAGAUCACUGGUGAUUAUGCCUCUGGGGUUACAGUGGAAGAUUUUGAAAUGGUUUGCAAAGGUCUUUAUCGGGCAUUGUGUAUACGGGAGAAGUACAUGCAGAAGUCGUUUCAGAGGUUUCCAAAAACCGCUUCCAAGUAUUUGAGGAAUAUUGACGGUGAGGCUUGGGUAGCAAAGGAGAGCUUCUAUCCCGUCUUUACCCCUCCUAUGAAGAAGGGAGAAGACCCCUUCCGAACAGAUAACCUCCCGGAAAACCUGGGUUAUCACCUCAAAAUGAAGGACGGUGUGGUUUACGUCUAUCCUAAUGAAGAAGCAGCCAGCAAAGAGGAGCCCAAGCCCCUUCCUUACCCAAAUCUGGACACCUUCUUAGAUGAUAUGAAUUUCUUACUCGCUUUAAUUGCCCAAGGGCCUGUUAAGACCUAUACCCACCGGCGCCUGAAGUUCCUCUCCUCCAAGUUCCAGGUCCAUCAGAUGCUCAAUGAGAUGGAUGAGUUGAAGGAGCUGAAGAACAAUCCUCACCGGGACUUUUACAAUUGCAGGAAGGUGGACACCCAUAUCCACGCGGCUGCGUGCAUGAACCAGAAACAUCUGCUUCGCUUUAUUAAGAAAUCUUACCAAAUUGAUGCCGACAGAGUGGUCUAUAGCACCAAGGAGAAAAAUCUGACCCUAAAGGAACUUUUUGUUAAAUUAAAAAUGCAUCCCUACGACCUGACUGUUGAUUCUCUGGAUGUUCAUGCUGGACGUCAGACUUUCCAGCGUUUUGAUAAGUUCAAUGACAAGUACAAUCCUGUGGGAGCAAGUGAGCUCCGAGACCUCUACCUGAAGACAGACAAUUACAUUAAUGGGGAGUAUUUUGCCACUAUCAUCAAGGAGGUAGGUGCAGACUUGGUGGACGCCAAGUACCAGCAUGCUGAGCCUCGCCUGUCAAUCUAUGGCCGCAGUCCUGACGAGUGGAGCAAACUCUCUGCCUGGUUCGUCCAAAACCGCAUCUACUGCCCCAACAUGACAUGGAUGAUCCAGGUCCCCAGGAUCUACGAUGUGUUCCGAUUGAAGAACUUCCUUCCACACUUUGGAAAGAUGCUGGAGAACAUUUUCAUGCCAGUGUUUGAGGCCACCAUCAACCCCCAGGCUCACCCAGACCUCAGUGUCUUUCUCAAGCACAUUACUGGCUUCGACAGCGUGGAUGAUGAGUCCAAACACAGUGGCCACAUGUUCUCCUCCAAGAGCCCCAAGCCCCAGGAGUGGACCAUGGAAAAGAAUCCAUCUUACACUUAUUAUACCUAUUACAUGUACGCAAACAUCUUGGUGCUCAACAGCUUGAGGAAGGAACGAGGCAUGAAUACGUUUCUGUUCCGACCUCACUGUGGGGAAGCUGGAGCUCUCACCCAUCUCAUGACAGCAUUCAUGACAGCCGAUAAUAUCUCUCAUGGCCUGAAUUUAAAAAAGAGUCCUGUGUUACAGUACCUGUUUUUCUUAGCCCAGAUUCCUAUCGCUAUGUCACCAUUAAGUAACAACAGCUUAUUUCUAGAAUAUGCCAAAAAUCCUUUUUUAGAUUUUCUCCAGAAAGGGCUAAUGAUUUCACUGUCGACAGAUGACCCGAUGCAAUUUCACUUCACCAAGGAGCCCCUAAUGGAAGAAUACGCCAUUGCUGCACAAGUCUUCAAGCUGAGCACCUGUGAUAUGUGUGAAGUGGCAAGAAACAGUGUUUUGCAAUGUGGAAUUUCUCAUGAGGAGAAAGCAAAGUUUCUGGGUGCCAAUUAUCUUGAGGAAGGCCCUAUUGGAAAUGAUAUCCGAAAGACAAAUGUGGCCCAAAUCCGCAUGGCCUAUCGCUAUGAAACCUGGUGUUAUGAACUUAAUUUAAUUGUUGAAGGCAUUAAAUCAGGAGAAUAAAACAAAUACACCAAUCAAUAA